UCGCGGGGGCUGCUGGGGCGUAGGCGUCGGGGACGCGCGCAGGGGCGCGCGCAGCUGUUGACGCGCUUCUUUGCUCGUGCGCGCAGGAGCCCAAACUCCAAGUGGAAACUGCAGGCGCACGAGGGAAGAACGCGUGGAGCAUGAAGAGGCAGGGGGCUUCCUCUGAGCGGAAACGGACGCGGAUUCCGUCCGGGAAGGCCGGAGCAGCAAAUGGAUUUCUCAUGGAAGUUUGUGUUGAUUCAGUGGAGUCAGCUGUGAAUGCAGAAAGAGGAGGUGCUGAUCGGAUUGAAUUAUGUUCUGGUUUAUCAGAGGGGGGAACUACACCCAGCAUGGGUGUCCUUCAAGUAGUGAAGCAGAGUGUUCAGAUCCCAGUUUUUGUGAUGAUUCGGCCACGUGGAGGGGAUUUUUUGUAUUCAGAUCGUGAAAUUGAGGUGAUGAAGGCUGACAUUCGUCUUGCCAAGCUUUAUGGUGCUGAUGGUUUGGUAUUUGGGGCAUUGACUGAAGAUGGACACAUUGACAAAGAACUGUGUAUGUCCCUUAUGGCUAUUUGCCGCCCUCUGCCAGUCACUUUCCACCGAGCCUUUGACAUGGUUCAUGAUCCAAUGGCAGCUCUGGAGACCCUCUUAACCUUGGGAUUUGAACGAGUAUUGACCAGUGGAUGUGACAGUUCAGCAUUAGAAGGGCUACCCCUAAUAAAGCGACUCAUAGAGCAGGCAAAAGGCAGGAUUGUGGUAAUGCCAGGAGGUGGUAUAACAGACAGAAAUCUACAAAGGAUCCUUGAGGGUUCAGGUGCUACAGAAUUCCACUGUUCUGCUCGGUCUACUAGAGACUCAGGAAUGAAGUUUCGAAAUUCAUCUGUUGCCAUGGGAGCCUCACUUUCUUGCUCGGAAUAUUCCCUAAAGGUAACAGAUGUGACCAAAGUAAGGACUUUGAAUGCUAUUGCAAAGAAUAUCCUGGUUUAGCCAGACCUCUCUGAGAGACAUGGAUAUCACAGGAUGAAGGUAGAAGUAUAAUCUGCAAUUCUCUGUGACACAGCUUUAACCACCUUUUCCGGCCAGGACAGUUGCAAUCUUUGUUUUAAGUUUCACAUGGCCAUGGAGAACGUGCCCAAGAAGAAAAAGAAUUUGAAACAGAGAUACAGUCACUUCCUUUGCUUAGUCUUACCAGCGAUUGUCAUCGUGGUUAAAGCUGGUCUAUGCUUCUUCCACAGACAGAAGCUUAGUCUUGUUUUCAGUGGAAUUAAUUGAUAAACUGGAAAAAUUUAACUGCAUGGUGUGAAUUCAGAGUGUGACUUAAGAGUCAAUUCAUAGCAGUAUUUUGCUUUUUCAUUUGUAAAAUAAAAAUGUCCACUCUUA